AUGGACAUGAAUACCUUCCCCGCCAGCACAUACUGCGAAUCCAUCGUGCGCUUCCUGGAUGCCAUUGAGUACCAUGAUGACAACCUGACACACGAGGAGCGGGUCGAAGGCCUCCGUCAUGUUCAUUCCAAGACUGCACAAUACUUUACCGAGCCUCUUCCGAGAAGUAUCCUCAAAGGGGUGGCUCCCCGCCGGAUUGCUGCUGUCACUCGGACCAUUUCCCAUUUCAUCGUCUAUUGUUGGAGCAAGCUACCCCGGGAAGCUCAAGUAGACGUCUCCAUUUACCUGUCCAUCAUCAACGUGCUGGACGACGAGAUCAGCAGCGAACCCAGCACCCAGAUGACCAGCUUCUGGUCAGACCUGAUCCAGGGCAAGCAGCCGAAGCACCCCUUCUGGGUGCUGUUCAAUUCACAUCUGCCCCGUCUCCUCCGACACUACGGCAGCUUCUGCGCCUUCAACAUCAUGCGCUGCACAUUCGAUUACUUCGAAGGCUGUUGGAUCGAGCAGCACAAUUUCCAGGGCUACCCUGGCGCCGACUGCUACCCGUCGUUCCUCCGACGACUGAACUGCCUCGGCGGUGCUGUCGCAGGGACCAUCUUCCCCGCCGCCAAGUUCGAUGAGCAGAAGCUCUUUGCGCAGAUGUCUUGCGUGAUGGCGCAAAUCGACGGACCCGUCGCCCUGAUGAAUGAUCUGUUCUCUUUCUACAAAGAAUAUGAUCAGGACGAGGCCAAUCUGGUGAGCAACUGGUGCACUGUGGACGGAAUCACGAUGGACCAGGCCCUCACACGUCUCACCGACGAUACAAUCCAUGCUUGCGUACGGAUUCUGGAUAUCUUGAAGGACAAGGACCCGGACAUGCUGGCCACCAUCCGCGGGUUUAUCCACGGGUAUGCGACAUGGCACAUCUGCGACUUCAGGUACAGACUGCGGGAGAUCUAUGACCGCGAAGAUCUGCAAGAAUCGGGCGCCAGGUUCCGCGAGUACUUUGACAAGGCUAUUGAUGUGGGAUGGGUGGAUGUUGAAGAGUGGACUUGCCAAGUCCAGGGCUUUGAAGUCGAGGGGCCGGCCCCUUCGGGAUCUGAAGUACAGGCAUAUCAGGCCAAUGCAUUUGGGUUCUCGGUCGAUACACAGCGGCACCACAACAUAGAUUACGUGGGGAGUUCAAUACUUGGUCUGUUUGAAUGGGCGACGCGUUAUCUGAGGGGGAAACUCCCGCUAGGCAACGCAUAA